UUUCUCUAGAUUACCGAAACUACCAACGGAUAUUCCGAUUCGCGUUCAGGUUCCUGCUGAUUGCGUACCGAGUGCUCGAAUUUUAACACGCGCCGGCUAUUACGUGCUUGGCUACUGCUUUUUUUGAAGAUCUGAUUUGAGGUACCAAGAUGAAGGUGUUAAUGCUACUACCAAUACUCAUUUUGAGUGUAAAUGCUCUGGAUCUGGAAGUGGUAAACCAAUGGAACCUUCUUGAUUUCAAAUUUCGCUAUGAUUACAGCACAGUAAGGUCCUUCAGACCUGAAAAUACUGUAUUCACUGGCUUGGAGAUAACUCGUGAUCGAUACUUCUUGUCGAUGCCACGUUUACGAUCAGGAGUUCCUGCAACCCUUGCCACCAUACCACGGAAUAGCCCUCCUGGUUCUAGUCCGGCACUGGAAGCAUAUCCUAAUUGGUCUUUCCAUUCAGCUGGUUCUGGUAAUGUCAGUAGUUGUUCAGAGCUGGUUUCAGUUUACAGGAUAAGACAAGAUUCCUGCAAUAGACUUUGGGUAUUGGAUUCUGGUAUCAUGACAUCAUUAGAAGAUUUUCGGCCGGUAUGUCCACCAAAAAUCAUUAUCUUCGAUCUGCAUACUGAUCGUAUUGUUCGUACCAUCGUUUUCCCCAGAGAAGUGCUGCGACCAAACUCCCUUUUAACGAAUUUGGUAAUUGAUGAGAGCCUUCAGGGAACCUGCGACAAGGCAUUCGUCUACAUCAGUGAUACUGCUGCUCCAGCAAUCAUUGUUUAUAAUUCAGCUCAAGAUACAGCUUGGCGAAUGAUGCAUCCCACCAUGUAUCCUGAUCCAGAUUUUUCCGAUUAUACCAUACAGGGAGAAAUGUUCAGUUUGAUGGACGGCGUUGUUGGUCUCGCAUUUUCACCCAAACAGGCCACCCUCUACUAUCAACCCCUAGCAACUGACAGAAUAUAUAGCAUCCGAACAUCAGCUCUAACCAAAGGACCUCUGGCAGAGAACGAAGCGUUACCAAUCGAAUUGGUAGGAAAAAAGGCAUCUCAAGGACUUGGUAUGACCGUUGAUGAACGUGAUGACACUUUAUAUUUUAGUCCACUAACAGAAACAUCUGUUGCCACUUGGAAUCCUGUUAGCAACAAGCAAACAUUGGCCGCUUACAAUCCCGAUCUCCUUCAGUUUCUGGCUGAAAUCAGAUGGAAUAACAGAGAUAGUAAUAUCUAUAUGUUGUCUACACGUUUCCAAAAAUUCUUCAGGAGGUCUGUUUCUGCCGGUGAAGUCAAUCUAAGGAUAAUACGUUUACGCCCUAGGACUUCCUUGGCUCCCAUUGCAAAUAACAACCACAUUUAUCAGCCAUUCUUCUAAGUCUGAAUUUUUGCAGACUUUUGUAAAUAGUUAAAGACCUUAAAAUAUUUAGUAUCCAAAAUUAUGGAUACAAAUUCCGUUGUUUUAAAGAGUUACCAAAAAUUGAUGACUACGUACAAUGCUUCCUGUGUUGAUAUCAAGAUUGUUUAUAGUUAUUGUUGCUGUUUGUAAUUAUUGUUUUACGGAUAUAUCAACUCAGAAAUUCAUUGUGUUCAAAGAAUAAUAGGCUUUAUUCCAAUUUUGUAUUUUUUGUUUGUCAUAUCUUGUUAUUAUUUCGGAUUUUUUAUUGUGAUAAUAUUCCUCUGUCGAAAGAUUCAAUAUGUCCAGAUAAGAAUAAAAUGAUUUUGUCUGCAAAAAUAUUGAAGAAAAAUAUUUGGUUCAUUAAAACUAUUGCAAUCUGAAA